UAGCAGAAUUUGUCUUGUGUCUCAGCAUUAGCAGCUUAAAGAGACCCAUUCUCCUCUCUUUUUCUAAGACCUUGUACUACAAUUAUUCAGCUACUUCAAAAUAUCUACUUCAUUGCUUGCCUGCAGAAUUCUUGAGCAAACCAUGGAUGUCAUCAAGAACAUGGCAUGGUUAAAACUAUGUCUUCUUUCCCUGUGCUACUUUUCUCUCAGUUUCCAUGUCUCUUUUGCAGCAGAUAAAAUCACUGCAACUCAACCACUUUCUGGUGAUCAAACCAUUGUUUCUGCUGGAGGUGUCUUUAAACUGGGAUUCUUCAAUCCAGGUAAUAGCUCAAAAUUCUAUAUAGGUAUAUGGUACAAUAGAGUUUCACAGAGGACUUUUGUUUGGGUUGCGAAUAGAGCGACACCAGUUUCUGAUAAAUUUUCUUCUGAGUUGAGAAUAUCAGAUGGUAAUUUAGUUCUUUUUAAUGAGUCCAAAAUCCCCAUUUGGUCAACAAAUUUGACCCCUUCAAGUUCUGGUACUGUAGAAGCAGUACUUAAUGAUACUGGAAAUCUUGUUUUGAAUGGAAGUAGUAAUAAUUCAUCGGAGACAUUAUGGCAGAGUUUUGAUCAUCCUGCUGAUACAUGGCUUCCUGGAGCCAAAAUUGGUUUAAACAAAAUUACUGGAAAAAAUACACGUCUUGUUUCAUGGAAAAAUAAAGAAGAUCCUGCUCCAGGUCUAUUUUCUCUUGAGCUAGACCCGAAUGGAACUAGUCAAUAUUAUAUCCUGUGGAAUAAUUCCAAAAUUUUUUGGACCAGUGGAACUUGGAAUGGACAAAUCUUUAGCUUGGUGCCUGAAAUGAGAUUGAACUAUAUCUACAACUUCAGCUACUAUAGCGAUGCAACAGAAAACUAUUUCACUUAUUCUCUUUAUAAUAAUUCUAUUAUCUCUCGAUUCGUGAUGGAUGUUGGAGGGCAGAUUCAGCAACAGUCAUGGUUGGAGCCUGCAGCGCAGUGGAAUUUGUUUUGGUCUCAACCAAGAGUGCAGUGUGAGGUUUAUGCUUAUUGUGGGGCUUUCGGGAGUUGCAAUCUGAAAUCCCAGCCUUUCUGUCAUUGUUUGACAGGUUUUGUUCCAGAGGUGACAAAUGAUUGGAAUUCUGAGGUUUAUUCUGGUGGGUGUGUGAGGAAUACUGAUCUGCAGUGUGGGAAUUCUAGUCUUGUUAAUGGGAAAAGAGAUGGAUUUUUACCUAAUCUAAAUAUGGGUUUGCUUGACAAUUCACUGACACUGGCAGUUGGGAGUGCCAAAGAAUGUGAAUCGAACUGCUUGAGCAAUUGCUCUUGCACUGCUUAUGCUUAUGACAACAACCAGUGUUCAAUUUGGAUUGGGGAUCUCAUGGAUCUAAAACAGCUUGCAGAUGGUGACUCUAAGGGGAAAACUCUCUAUCUCAGGCUUGCAGCUUCUGAGCUUUCAAGCUCUAAGGAUAACAAGGGAGUUGUUAUCGGAGCAGUUGUGGGUUCAGCGGUGGCGGUGGUUCUCCUUGUCCUUGUUCUCCUUGUGAUCAUGAGGAGGAAGAGGACAAUCAGAAUGGGUAAAUCAGUGGACGGUUCCUUGAUUGCUUUUGGGUACAAAGAUUUACAACAUGCAACAAAGAAUUUCUCGGAAAAGCUGGGUGGAGGAGGUUUUGGUUCUGUCUUUAAAGGGACAUUGCCGGAUUCAAGUGUCAUUGCUGUCAAGAAGCUAGAAAGCAUCAGCCAAGGAGAGAAGCAAUUCCGCACAGAAGUCAGCACCAUUGGAACAAUCCAGCAUGUCAAUCUUGUUCGCCUUCGUGGCUUCUGCUCCGAGGGUACAAAAAGGCUACUGGUUUAUGAUUAUAUGCCGAAGGGUUCUCUUGACUUCCACCUCUUCCAUGCAAAGGACUCCAAUGUCGUUGACUGGAAUACAAGGUAUAAUGUUGCUCUGGGGACAGCUAGAGGGUUGGCCUAUCUCCAUGAGAAAUGCAGGGAUUGCAUCAUACAUUGCGACAUUAAGCCUGAGAACAUCCUUUUAGAUGCUGAGUUUUGCCCAAAAGUGGCAGAUUUUGGCCUGGCAAAGCUUGUUGGGCGCGAUUUUAGCAGGGUUCUAACAACAAUGAGAGGGACAAGAGGCUAUCUUGCGCCAGAGUGGAUUUCAGGAGUGGCUAUAACAGUCAAAGCUGAUGUUUACAGCUAUGGAAUGAUGCUUUUUGAACUUGUAUCCGGACGGAGAAACUCCGAGCAAUCUGAAGAUAGAGUAGUGCAUUUCUUCCCAACGUCGGUUGCAAGACAAUUGACUGAAGCUGGAGACAUCCUUAGCCUAUUGGAUCCUGGGUUGGACGGGAAUGCUGAUCCUGAUGAGCUAACAAGAGUAUGUAAAGUUGCUUGCUGGUGCAUCCAAGAUGAGGAAACCCAAAGGCCAACAAUGAGCCAGGUAGUUCAGAUUCUUGAGGGAGUCUUGAAUGUGAACCUACCUCCAAUUCCAAGAUCACUUCAAGUGUUUGUUGACAACCAGGAGCACAUUAUUUUCUUCACAGAAUCAUCCUCUAGCCAGGGUUCCCAAUCGCAGGCACAAAGCAACACUUCCAAUGCUUCCUCACAGGCCAAAAGCAACAUAUCAUCUACCAGUUCCAAGUCUUAAAAGAGAAAUGACAUAGCAAGGAUUACCCUUCAAGCAAGUUAAAUUCUGUAUUAUAAGGGAAAACAGAUUGUAGUUUGUCAUUUCUAGUCGUUUUUGCUGACAUGUAUGGUUUUAUAUUCAAUCAAAGGCCAGCUUUACAAUAUCAACUGGCCAACUAUGAUUAUUACAGUAGUAAGUUUCUUAUUAUGUUAUAUCCAACAGAGUAAGAUUUAGAAAUAGAAUUGGAAUCCUCUUUUUGUUUU